GACAAAUCAUGUGCGCCUUGUCGAGGGGAUUUCCCAUCAGAACAACCAUCAUCACAUGACGCCCACAACAACAUCAAAUCCCCAGCAUCAUGGAUGAGUAUAGGGAGGAAGCUGAGAAGUGGAUAAAGUCCUCAGAACCUAUGUUUAUUCUUAGUAAAGUUAGUGAAGAAUCAAGAGAACUCAUUUUUGAUGCAGCAGAAUCAAAUUCUUCAAUCAGUUUUAGGAUUGUUUGUCCCACAUCUGAUAAUGAAACAGAAAACUUUGCUGUCGCAAGUGAUGAUGAGAAGACUCAACUACACCUGUUUGAAGUUAAUGAUUAUCUGAUGAAAAAGAGAACUUUGUUGCAAAUUUUGGAUAUGAUCAAGAUAGUCGUAUGUCCUAAAGAUGAAACUGAAAUUAGUGAUUGUGAAGAAGAGGAUGAUUGUGAAGAAGAGGAUGCUGAGGAAUCAGGAGAGGGAUCUGAAGAUGAUUUUGUUGAUGACAGUUUUCUUGAGGAGUCUGAAACAGUACAACAAGAGCUGCUCACUUCCCCAAGCAAUCCAUGUCAUGUUGCAGAUGAUGAUGAUGAUAUAAAACUGGGUAAGAAGUAUAGCUGUCAGCAACCUUCCCUAGCUGCCUCACGGCUUAUGGCAGAUUUUAAGCAGCUUAAGAAGUCAGCUAGAGAAUCCAAUUUUGGAAUAUGUGGAGGACCAAGAGAUGACAACCUCUUUUUAUGGGAUGUGCAAUUAACAGAUUUUGAUAGCAAGUCUAAAUUGGGUAGUGACCUAGCAAGGUAUGCUAAGAAGUACAAUGAGGAACCAGUGGUUAAGCUUGAGAUGGAGUUCCCCAACACAUACCCGAUGGAGCCGCCAUUCCUUAGGGUCCUCAAACCGAGGUUCAGAAUGUUAACAGGACAUGUAACAAUUGGUGGCAGUGUUUGUAUGGAAUUGCUGACUCGGUCUGGCUGGUCGCCUUCGAACGACAUUGAGAGUAUUUUGGUGCAAGUGAGGGCUGAGAUAAUGUCCGACCCAAAUGCUAGACUGGAUGACAAAAAUCCAAACGUAGAAUACUCGGCAAGCGAUGCGAGGAGUGCAUUCAGACGAAUGACACAGAAAUAUGGCUGGAAUUAAGUGACCAUCAUUUUCGUGUGGACCAUGAACCAGACUAUGCAAUAAACCGUGUGUCAGACACAAUGUGUUACCUUGCACUACACCAUGAAUUGGUUUACAUGUUGAAAUGUGUGCAAAUUAGAUAUUUAGCUAGGUACUUAAAAUGGAUCAGCAAUGCUUGAGUGAAAUAGGUGGAGAGUUGCUUUAAUAAAUUUUAUGGUACAGUACUUGCAUUAAACUUAUUCACAUAGGUUUUAUUCAUUGAGUCCACAUGCUUAAGUGCUGCUGCUAUUAAUCAGCACAGGAGCAGGCAAGUCCACCAGGUACCCAAUUAUACUCUUGGUUAUGGAGAGAAGCAAUGCAGAUAAGGUGCCUGGCUCAAGGACACAAGGUAUCCAUUGAGGUUGCUAUGCAUGUAGAAGUUUGGUCCAGCGGUCAUGGUUAUACUUCUUAGUCUUGAGGUCAGUGGUUCAGUUUUGCUUGUGUCCUUGGGCACGACAUCCUAUCCACGGUUGUCUCUCUCCAUCCACAAAUACAAAUGGAUACCUGGCGGAUUUAAAGCUGCCACUUUAUGUAAUUCCCACAUUCAGCUGUGAUAAAAGUAGCGUAGAUGGAUAGAGGGCUUUUUUAACUUCUUAGAAUGAGCCAAUCCGCAUCAGAUAAAGGUAAUUAGACACUGGCUUUAGCAUUCGAUCUGCUUUUUGUAAUAUCUCUGAUUUGGCACUGUUAUUAUGGUACCGAUUUCCUUAUGGUGGGCAUUGUAUAUAGACUUGUGUCCUAAAAUGGAUAUCUGCUGACAGGAUUUUUCAACUAUUUAUCAAGGUUUUUUGGAAGUGCAUAGAAACGAAUGUAACAAUGCUUUAUAUAACAGCUUUUGUCCAUUGUAUUUAAUAUGGUCCAAGUGCAAGCAAUAUUUGUAAAUAAUAUUCUUUAUUUUAUGAAGUACAACACUUUGGGUUUAUUAAUUCAAUUUAACAGAGUUAACUGAUAUUUUACAUGUUGUGUUAAUGUCAAGAACAUAUUCAAACCUUAAGAGAAGGUACUCGUGUUUUUUUGUAUAAAAGAUUACAUUAAAUGAUUAUAGAAAAGAAAAA